UCUAGACGUCAGUUUGAAAGUAUUCUUACGCUCGUCCGGACGCCGGCUAUCGUAAGACCGACGCGCAGUCUUCGGCUACAGUUCCAAAUUUAAAAUUUUAUUAUUAUAAUUUUUUUAUUAGUGGACAGUGAUAUAAACAAUUAAAAACCGUUUUGUGAUUUUGACGUUUGAUUGGAUACUAUUGGACACUAUUGGAUAUUAUUGGACACCUAUUGGAUUGUUUAUUAUACGCAAAAUAAUGCACAGCCAGUAAUGGAUCCCCUCACGUGGUUGUCGUUGGGGCUGCAGCUUGCAGCUCUGUGCUCGAUCGUGGGCGCGUUACUCCUCUACCUACUGAGAAAGGUGAAGGUCGGCGAGGUGUUGCCAGUGGACAGUGCGAAAACCGUUCUCGUCACAUCCGUGGAUUCGGCACUUGGACUACAGAUAGCCACAUACCUCAGCAGCCGCGGCUGGCGCGUGAUAGCAGGAUGCCGGCAAGGCGGUCUCGGCGCUCGUCUCGCGGAGUCCUGGCUGCAGAACCACGUCGCGUCCACGCCGGAGGACCAGCCGCCGCCGAGACUGGUCACCCUCGAGCUGGAUGUGGCUAGGGAGGAUCUGUUGGAAGAAGCCGCGAGGGCCACUGCGCAGCACUUGCCGGCUGGUGAACAUGGUGUAUGGGCAGUAAUAAACACAGCGGGCAGCAGCGGGCGCGGCGGCGCGGCGUGCUGGGAGUCGGCGUUACGCGGGAACGUGCUCGGCGCGCUGCGCGUUGCGAGGACGUUCGCGCCGCUGCUCGCUGCUGCGGCUGCUGACCAUCCUUAUGCGGGCAGACUGUUUUAUAUAGGACUAACAUCAGACACGGCAUGCGAGAGCCUCUCCCGCGUGGAGGGAUCAGGCGAGAGCUUCGCAGGCGCGGCGGCCGUGCGCUGGGGCACGUGGGGGGCCGCGCGCGCGCUGCGCGCCGCGCUACGGGCCAGCCGCUUGCAUGUCGUCCUACUGCACGCACCCGAUCUAUCCGCCACGGAAAUAUAUUCGCCGCCCGCGCUCCUGACACCGUCCAGCCAACCCGCCAGCCGCCCCGAAACGCCGAGUUCAGAUGUAAGUUCAACAACAGCGACUUGCGCCGUCACGAUGCCGGGAGAAGCAGCCGAAUACAGCGCCAAGGUGCUUCCCACCGCGGCCCUAAAGGUCCUAGAAGACGCCCUCACCUGUCCCUCUCCGAGAGAUUCCUACUACCUGAAGAUGAAACAAGAUUCUUGGUUCACAAGAAUGCCGUCGUUGAGAGUCGCUCCAUGAGCUUUAAAUUCAUUGCUUUGACGAUUGUUAGAUGAUCUUGAUGCAAAUUGAUUAGAUUCCGAAUAUUAUAUUAGCUCGAUUUAGAAAUAAGUCUAGUAACGACCGCCUCCAGAGCAAAAUGUUCACGCUAAAUUAUCUGUUUUACGAUACAUUUUGAGAUAUCUAAAUAAUGUAAAUAUUAUAGCCUGUUAACGGAAGAAAAAUUUUUAUAUUCAUUUAAUUAUACCUAAAUAUUUUUUCAGUCAUAAAUACGUUUUGGUUUAUGAAUAUAAAUAUAUAUUAUGCAUUACUUGAAGUCACAACUAAAUGCGCCUGUACAUUAAGAAUAUAAUUAUUAACAAUAGCACACUAUUUUCAAUACAUUAAGGAAAUAAACUAAAACCUUAUGUAUUUCUUUAAGUCACAAAUCUAUUUUAUCAUUAUAUUUAUUCGUAUAUCGUGUUAACCCUUAGUUCAUAGUUAUAAGUUCGUUAUAAUAUCGAUAAUAUAGAUUUUAUCGACCUGCUUGUCCCUUCACGACGGCACGGGAAAGUGGAUGUUGUGUGCCAAACAUAUUUAAAAAUAUUGAUUUUGAAACGACAUAACAUAUGUAUAAUUAUGUUAUGUGGAACAUUCAGAGUCGACAACGAAAUCGAUAUUACUGUAUUUUCUAAGCAAAUCAAUAUAUAUUCUAUAUUCUAUGCACUGCCAUAAUAUACACAAUACAAGCGCUAGACUAUGAAAUAAUUUGAUACGACUAUGGUGAUCACUAAUCUUAUUGGUUCUAUAUUUUGAAACAUGAGUUGUGGACACCUUUAUGAUGCUAUGGAAUCAAGAGUAGGUAGAUACCUAUGCCAUAUUUA